AUGUCCCUCUCAAAAUCAGAAUCGGACAUAAUCCUCAACCGCGCGAACGUCGUCUUAUCCCGAAGCCAACGCCUCGUCUCCUCCUGGCUCCCGCAAGAAGACGACAGCUCCACCACCGCCAAAACAGACGAAGAGCUUCAGCGCGAAGAAGAUGAGAUUUUCACCGCUGUACCGGAAACACUCGGCGUCGGCGCACCCCUCCCUGAAAAAGCGGCGGACGGAUCCUGGAAUCGAUCCGAACUCAGCUCGAAUGACAUGCUAAGGAAACAAUUGCUCGGGAGGAAUUAUCAGAAGGUUAUGAAGGCUAAGGAGAGGGAAGCCGAGGCGGCUCGUCAAGCUCUUGCUGCCAAGGCGGCUGUUUCUGAGAAUGGGACGAACGGUGCGGCGGCGACUGCUGUUGAGGAUGAAGAAGACGAUGAUGAGGAAGGGAGGGCGGCUAUGGUCGGGAAGAGGAGGAGGAAGAAUGGCAGCGGAGAUAGAUCUGCUGCGCAAGCUUCAACUCAAGCCCCGGCCCAAGGCGAGGAGUCUGCUCCUGCGCCUGCCAAGUCGAGAGGCAAGAAGAAGGCGACGAGUUAUUUGGAUGAGAUUUUGGCGCAGCGGGCGAACAAGAAAAAGAAGAGGUGA